UGGCGGGCGGCUGAAGGGUGGGAGUCCGGCGGUGUGUGGCGGCUCGGCUGGCUCGGGCAUGGCGUCCCCCUCGCGGAGGCUGCAGACCAAGCCGGUCAUCACCUGCCUCAAGAGCGUCCUCGUCAUCUACAGCUUCGUUUUCUGGUUCUCUGGCAUUAUCCUUCUGGCGGUUGGCAUCUGGGGAAAAGUAAGCCUGGAGGUGUAUUUCUCCCUGUUAAAUGAGAAGGCCACCAAUGUUCCCUACAUCUUGAUUGGCUCCAGUGUUGUUGUUAUCCUCCUGGGCACCUUUGGUUGCUUCGCCACCUGCCGUGGAAGCACAUGGAUGCUAAAAUUGUACGCAAUGCUCUUAAUCCUCGUCUUCCUGGUUGUGCUGGUGGCUGCUAUUGUGGGCUUUGUUUUCAGACAUGAGAUUAAGAGCAGUUUCAAGGAUAACUAUCAAAGUGCUGUGGAUAAAUACACCGGGAUUACAGAUGAACGGAGCCGGGCUGUUGAUACCAUCCAGAGCACAUUACACUGCUGUGGUGUUGCAAACUUUACGGAUUGGGAGAAAACUGCAUACUACAAAGAGAAAGGAAUACCCUUCAGCUGUUGCAAGACCGGGGAGAACUGUACAAUGAGAGAGAUGAAGGAUCUAGAUAAAGCCAAGGAAAAGGUGUACCAGAAAGGUUGCUUCAGUAUGGUGACACAGACAAUGGAGUCCAAGCUGAGCAUUGUAGCUGGGAUCUCUUUCGGCAUUGCUUGCUUCCAGUUGGUUGGGAUCUUCCUUGCCUGUUGUCUCUCCCGGUCCAUCACAAACAAUCAGUACGAGAUGGUAUAACUUGCAAGGUCGCAAAUCACUACAAGGAUUUUGGGACAUUUUAUAAAACCAACAAAAAUAACACUUUUGGGAACCACUUCACUGCUUCCAACCUGCUGGAAUCUGGUUGAUUAGGCCUUUCUCUUCUGAAGCUAUCUGUUCUUCGGGGGACUGAGUGCAGCGAUGGAUAUAUUCUCCUUUUGUUGCCAUGUUGGUAUCUUGAAGGAAUGCUGAAUUAGACACUUAGCUUAGGGGAGACUGUGAACAGUUCUCUCGAGAAAGGGCAGGAGUUUACUGCAUGGCUCCAGGCAUGCUGUGAACUGAGGAGUCUAGUUUUCCGAGGCCAGGGCUUAGAAUGAAAGAGGUUUCCAUUAGUGCCGUCAGCCAUCAAAAGGAUUUUGUCACUGUUUUAGUCACUUAAUCAAUUGGCCACUUAAUUCCAUUUCACUAAAAUUAAGCAUUACUAAAGUCUCAGUAUAGGUGUCAUGUUGAGACAAGGAAAUAGAAGAGCACUUAUAAGCACAAGCUGCUAUUCCUUGCUUGAAAGAAAGGAUGUGUUAAUUUCCUCCCCUCUGGUACAGAAGGGUACCAGAACCAAAAGAGCCCGUGUCCUUAACUCUCAGCCACACCAGUUACACCUUUGCGGCUAGACUACUAUAGUGUACCUUGUGUAGGGCUGACCUUAGUGGCAGCUUGGAGGCUUCAGUUGGUACGAAAUGCUGCAACCUGCCUUCUGAAGGUUUACUUGGGAGCAUGUUGUACCAGCCCUCCAAGGUUUGCACUAUGCCCCUGUUGCCUUCGGAGCUGAAUCCAAGAGGUUGGGCCUGCAAGCCUUAAAAGUGACUCUGUCCCUGUGUUUUGUCAUCACCUUUAAGCGCUAUCAGAAAUGCUUUCUAAAGUUUGUGCCCAGUGAUGUCUUCAAGGGCGUGCAGAGAAACAUUCUUGAUGGUGCUUCUCAAUUUUGGCAUUCUCUCUUCCUUGAGUAACUUACUUCUGUUGCAUUUCUAUCUAGCCCUUCAUCCCAAGGAGCUCAAAGUGACUCUCUUCCUCACAUUAUCCUCACAACGGCCCCAUGAGGUAUGUUAUUCUGGCAGAUAAUGACUGCUUCAGAGUUACCCAUGGAGCUCCAUGGCAGAAUGGGGGCUUGAAUGCAGGUCCCAGUCCAGCACGCUUUACACCAUGCUCUUCCAAAUGUGCUAUGACCAUUUUGGUGGUCAGAGAUAGUAGAACUAUACUACCGCCUGCUUCAAGGCCUUUAUAUUGGACCACACUACAAACCCAGUACAUAUAGGAAUAAAUGUGUAUGUUGUCUUGUAUUAAGCUAGCAUCCUUGCUGUUAGAUUUUUGGGAUACCACAGUAAGGAAAAACAGGUGAAAACACUAAAGUAACAUUUGCGCAAACAGUACUAAAUGCUAAAUGUGUGCUAAGCCCUUUCUGGCUCUCUCCUCUCUGCGUAUUUUGGAAAAAUACUGUGCUUGUGUCACCAAGGGAUGGCUUACUUUGUCUUUUACCAAAGCAGGCCUUCUUAACACACUAAUCCCUGUCAAAGGGUCUGAUGCUUUCGUGUUCACACGGGCCACAGCCUUAAAUAACUUCAGUUAGUGCUCGUUUCUCGAGGGUUUCUUCUAAUCGAUUGCUUUGAAAGCUGGAUGGGUGGCAGUCCUUGUUCAUUUACUACUCCCUCCCCGCUUGAAGUCACAUCAUGUCUUUUCAGCAGAAGUUGGAUGUGCUUAGCAGCAGAGCAGACCAACAAUGUAAGAAAAGGGGCUGUUCCAUUUUUUUUUUUGCCUGUGGAAAUGAGCGCAAGUCUUUUCAGCUUGGGCCUCUGCCUUUUGGCAGAAACGUGGCUCUGUGUUUCCUUCAUCCUUUCCCUGACUGAGGUUUUUAUAUUUCCUUUUUUUAAAAAAAAAGUAUUUUGAUAAAGCCUUAAGUUUUUUAAGUCGGGCUGUAGUGAUCUUUUUGUGUGUACUGCAAGCCCCCGUGGGGAGCUGUUAGCCUUAGCAAUCACGCCCCCGCUGGGUUGGUGUGAUUUUGAUCAUCAGUAUUACGGGAUGGUUUAAACACAUGGUGGUGUUUUGUAUUAAAUAGAAAUUCUCUGGUCUUGAAAAUAAAAUAAACAAUGAUGUA